UUUUAGACCCUUGCGCUCUCACUCGAGAGGCUUUUCAUUUUUAAUCGCAUAGGCUUUCUGAACACAAGAACAAUAAUAGUUGUAUUACACAUUUAAUGAAACAUCUACUGUCUGCUGAUAUUUGUAUGUAUGUAUGACAUGGGUGGAAUACAUCUAAUAUUGAGCCUGCUGUUGGCCUGUUUGAAUGUUUGUGAGUGUGAGCUGGCCAUGUUUGGGGAGGUGUCUUCUCCUCGGUACCCCCAACCAUAUCCUGCAGAUCUCCAGGAACAGUGGGACCUGGAAGUGCCACAGGGCUAUCAAAUCCAGCUAAAGUUUAAUCACCUGGAUAUUGAGCCCUCUCCAAACUGCUACUAUGAUUCUCUUAAGGUUGUUGCUAAUAAGAAAGUUCUGGGGAAGUUCUGUGGCCAGAAUUACACUGACAGGUAUCAUCCUGGUAACAAGCCCAUCUUGGCUCCUGGCAACCGUCUCCAGCUGUUUUUUCUAACGGAUGACUCCAACCAUGUGUCACACCUGGGCUUCACCGCAUUUUACCAGGCUGUUGAUAUAGAUGAGUGUUCCUCCUCCAGUGUGGAGAAGGAAUCAUAUCCACCUUGUUCUCAGAUAUGCCUUAACACUCUGGGCUCCUACUUGUGUGCCUGUCACCAUGGUUACCAAUUACUACCUGACCAACGCACAUGCAUCUUGGACUGUGGGGGUGGGGUUUACAGUGAACCAGAGGGGACUAUCUCCAGUCCUGGAUACCCAGACACCUCCCCACUUGAUAUGCACUGUGUCUACAGCAUCUCUGUGCAGCCAGGCUUCACAAUCACCCUCAACUUCAGCCAGACCUUCCAUAUAGAGCAGGUCUUCAACCAAGGUCCGACCUGCCUCUUCCAUUGGCUGAAAGUGUUUGUUCCAGAAAAAGAGCCCCAAAAGUUUUGUGGUGGGAAAAGCCCUGGACUCCUCCACACUGGCUCCCAUUCCACACAGCUUGAGUAUCAUACUGACAAACACGGACAGAGCCAGGGGUGGAGCUUACAUUACACUACCCAGAGGGUGCAGUGUCCAAGUCCGGGUGGGAUACGCAAUGGAAGAGUCACUCCAAACUUUACCCAGUACUUGUACAGAGAUUACAUUCAUGUGCUCUGUAACCCAGGAUACAAGCUGAUGAUGGGAGAGAAAGAAAUAAGAAGUUUUAAGUCCAUGUGUCAGAGUAAUGGAGAAUGGCAUUUGACACUGCCAGAGUGCAAGAUUAUUGACUGUGGAGAUCCAAAGCCUCUGAUAAAUGGUGGUGUUCAUUUAAUCAGUGGAUCAAAUAAUGAAUAUCUCUCAGUCAUUGAGUACCACUGCAAUGAGCCAUACUAUGCUUUUGAGGAGACUCCAAAAGCAAGAUACACCUGUGCCGUAAAUCGUAAAUGGACAAAGGAUGAUAUCAAUGACAUUAUUCCUCCUUGCAUUCCGGUGUGUGGACUGAAUUCAGAAAUCAAGGCUGGUGGCAGAGUUUUUGGUGGGAAGCCAGCAUUACCGGGGCAGAUUCCCUGGCAGCUUUUCACUAGGUCAGGAUAUGGAGGUGGUGCUUCUCUGAUCAGUGAUUAUUGGGCCAUUACAGCUGCUCAUGUAGUAGAUGGAUUUGAAAACACCACCAUGUAUUUCCUUGGUAGAAUAACUGAUUUAAAUAAAAAAGAUUUUGUCAGUUUAGAGACAGAGAAGAUCAUAAUUCACCCAAAUUAUCAGAGAGUGGGUACAGACAAACAUGAAACAAACUAUGAUAAUGACAUUGCACUGAUCAAAAUGUCUGAGAGGGUGCCACUCGGUCCAAACAUCAGGCCAGUGUGUCUACCAAAGAAAACAGACGGACCAGUGAUGGAGGGCACAAUGGGUACAAUCUCAGGUUUUGGAGGGUUUCAGUAUCAGUUAUUAAGUAAACAAUUGCGUUAUGGGCAUGUUCAGGAAUAUUCAAAUGAUAAAUGUGAUUCAGGGGAUCUGACUGUCACUGAUAACAUGUUCUGUGCUGGGCAAGAUACUGAAGGUGUUGACAGUUGUAAAGGUGACAGUGGGGGCCCUCUGUUUCUCCCUAUGUUGGGCUAUGGGUCUGCAGAGCAGCGCUAUGAAUUGAGGGGCAUUGUGUCAUGGGGUCCUUCUAGAUGUGGUAAUAAAAGCUUUAAAGGUUUCUACACUAAAGUGCAGAACUACCUGGAUUGGAUCAAAGAAAUAAUGGCAAAUAACUAGAAUCGACUUACCAAGAGACAUGACCCAUUUUUUAUGAUUACACCACAGAUAAAACUCAUAACCUUGAGUAGUUUGGGAUGAGUUUCAGAUAUGCACAUUUCAAUAAUUCACAUUUAGUUUCCUAUUAAAGGUGUAAAUGUGCAUUUGGUUAAUCUAUUCAUGUUUAGUAGUAUUAAUGUAAUGUAUUCAAGAUUUUGAAUAAAAGUGUUACACCAUGUUAAAAAAAUACAGAUUAUUUUCCUCUGCUACAGCAAACAUGGUUGAAUUGUACCAUUUUCAAGUUUUCAUCUUUUGUUUUCUCUUAAAGUUAUAAGGUUAUCUU